AUGCCAGGACAGCCCGAACAAAAAUCAACCCCUACAUACAGCGAAGCCCCAGAAGUCGUCACCCCAGACCAUCAAACCCAAGGCCCCGUGAGCCCAAACUCCACUGGACAGUCUCUCCCAGACACCAUGCAGCCAACACCAACAAACGGGCCUUCUGAAAAACAAUACCCUAACCAACCCGACUCCAUCGGCCAAGCGCCAGCAUACGACGCAUCAACAUCAACGACUGCUCCGCCCGAGAAGGCGUACGCAGGCCAGCCCCUGCCAGAUUACUCACACGCGCAAGCACAAGCACAAGCACAGCUCCAGCAGGGGCCCGGCCAGCCGCAGCAGUUCUACACGCCUUCCGGUCAUCCUAGUGGAUACGCUACGGCCGUGCCGCUGCACUGUGUCCAGUCUGCGCCGUGUCCGGUUGACUGUCCUGUUUGUGGACAGCGGGAGAUGACCAGUGUUGAGUCUGUGAGCGGUGGGACUACGCAUGGCUGGGCUGCUGUUCUUUGCUUUUGUUGCUGCCUAGGCUGUAUCCCUUACUUGAUGUCCUCGCUUAAGGACGUCGAGCAUUCUUGUGGAAAGUGUGGUGCUAAGCUUGCGAAAUGGCAUAACAGUGGCCCAACAGCAAUAAUAACCAGCUCCUCGGCUAUCUACUUCUACAUAUUCCACGAACGCCUAUCAAAGCGCAUAGCGCACAAGUCCCACUUUGGAACUCUCUCCGCAGCCACAAAACCAAGUAUAGAAUCAAUUCCACAAACUCUCUUCAGCGAUGAGUACUUCACGCUCUACGACCAUGCCUCAAAGUCCGUGCCUCGGGCCUGUCUCCCCGGCAGUGAGACGACAGACCUGCUCUUCAAAAGACUCGUGCGCCGCAAUAUGAGCGCUUUCUCGCGGUUCCCGCAGGCGCUUGUGCUUGCCAUGGCUAGUAAGACGCCGGAACAGAAGCAGAGUUUCAAGGCGGGGUAUCUUGCCGCGCUGGACUUUGAUGUUGGGGAUUUGGUUUGUGGGGUUUAUCGGGUUGUGGUGCGGAAGAGGGAUCGGGUUGAAUUUGAGAUUAAGAUGGAGACCGUAGAUUUUGUGCAGGGGAGGUUGGCGAUUAGUUUUGAGGAAAUUAGCAGUAAGGAGGAAGAGGAGAAGGUUGUGUUUUGUAGUGAGACUGUUAUGUGGAAGAGAGCGGAUGAGGUUAGGAGGAUGCCGCUGGAGAGGCCUGUUUUGAGGUGGAUGCAUGAGACUGCUGCUUGGUGGUUGAUGGACUCUGGGGCUAGGUAUUUGGCGGAUCUGGAGGGUUGA